CCGAACGGCGGGAAGCCCGGAGGGGGGCGGGGACUGCGACUGAGACCCCGCCUCCGGCAGCAGUCCUCAACCAGGUCGGACCGACAGCAAUAUACAGGCGCUGGGGUUCCGUUUCUCGCUACAACCUUUGUGGUUGAGCGAGUGACAGCAUGUCUGGCAGAGGCAAAGGCGGGAAGGGGCUCGGCAAGGGUGGCGCCAAGCGCCACCGCAAGGUGCUGCGCGACAACAUCCAGGGCAUCACCAAGCCGGCCAUCCGCCGCCUGGCUCGGCGCGGCGGCGUCAAGCGCAUCUCGGGGCUCAUCUACGAGGAGACGCGCGGCGUGCUGAAGGUCUUCCUGGAGAACGUCAUCCGCGACGCCGUCACCUACACCGAGCACGCCAAGAGGAAGACGGUGACGGCUAUGGACGUGGUCUACGCCCUCAAGCGCCAGGGACGACGGCCCCCAGAGCUACUCCAUCUACGGGCUGCUCCGCAGGACAUGGCGCGCACGAAGCAGACGGCGCGUAAGUCGACGGGCGGGAAGGCGCCCCGCAAGCAGCUGGCCACCAAGGCGGCCCGCAAGAGCGCGCCGGCCACGGGCGGCGUCAAGAAGCCGCACCGCUACCGGCCCGGCACGGUGGCGCUGCGCGAGAUCCGCCGCUACCAGAAGUCGACGGAGCUGCUGAUCCGCAAGCUGCCCUUCCAGCGCCUGGUGCGCGAGAUCGCGCAGGACUUCAAGACCGACCUGCGCUUCCAGAGCUCGGCCGUCAUGGCGCUGCAGGAGGCCAGCGAGGCUUACCUGGUGGGGCUCUUCGAGGACACCAACCUGUGCGCCAUCCACGCCAAGCGCGUCACCAUCAUGCCCAAGGACAUCCAGCUCGCCCGCCGCAUCCGCGGAGAGCGCAAACGCCGGGAUGGGCGGGCAGAGAGCAGCGGCGGGGAGCAGCGGCGGGGCGGGAGCGCCGAGCGCGGUCCCGCAUUGGUCGGAUUUUGCCGCAGACCCACGGGGAGGGACGGGGAAGGGAGCGCCGCCGCCCCUGCUCCGGGUACCGGCGGAGAGGCAGCGCUGCCGCGGAACUGUCACCCGCGCAGGGGACACGGCCGGAAUGGCACAGGAAAGCAGCAAAGGGACGCGCGGGCUGACAGCGGGCAGGGGCAGCGCAGCGCGACCCCGCUGCGGGAAGGGCGGUGCGGGGCCCGGCCCAGCCCGGCAGAGGCGGAACCGCCGCGCGCGCCUGAGAUCCAGAGCCGGGAAAGAGCCUCGGCCACCGAACGGCGGGAAGCCCGGAGGGGGGCGGGGACUGCGACUGAGACCCCGCCUCCGGCAGCAGUCCUCAACCAGACGUUCCUUGCGGGAGGCAGUGUCAUGUCUGGCAGAGGCAAAGGCGGGAAGGGGCUCGGCAAAGGCGGCGCCAAGCGCCACCGCAAGGUGCUGCGCGACAACAUCCAGGGCAUCACCAAGCCGGCCAUCCGCCGCCUGGCUCGACGCGGCGGCGUCAAGCGCAUCUCGGGGCUCAUCUACGAGGAGACGCGCGGCGUGCUGAAGGUCUUCCUGGAGAACGUCAUCCGCGACGCCGUCACCUACACCGAGCACGCCAAGAGGAAGACGGUGACGGCCAUGGACGUGGUCUACGCCCUCAAGCGCCAGGGACGCACCCUCUACGGCUUCGGCGGCUAAACUCAAAAAAGUCGCAGAAGUCAUUGUUAAAAUCACCAAGGCUCUUUUCAGAGCCACCCACAAAUUUUACAAAGAGAGCUGUUUGUUACUGCAGAGAUUGUGGAUGCAAAUGAAAAGUUGCUAACUCAGCAGUUGUACGAUAUUACAUUCUAAUAGAACGUGUUAUUUACUCUU